CUUCCACCUUUUGGGCUUCUGCUUCAUUUGCUCCAUUCAACCUGCUCAAGUAGUUUUUGUUUUGAGCAAAACAAUGCCAGUAAAUGCGCUGCCCCCCCUUCAAUGUCAUUUUGUGCCAAGUCUGACUCAUGUUUGCAUUGUUUUGUUAUUUUCUAGCCCCUUUGAUGAAGCCAUGUUAUCGCCUUUGCAGUUAUGUCGGGCGGGGGCGUCACGAUGGUCGACUUGCAUCAUGUGCCCGACGUGCUGUGCUGACUUUCACUGCAAAUCAGUGUUUUGAGGGGAAAUGCGAGGCUAUACAUCACCCAUGUGUCUGCGGGAGGCACAAUCUGGGGUGUCAGGUGGCGUAUCCUCUUCCUCUGUGUGGGAAAGAUGGCCAUUUUUUUUUUUUUUGCCCCAACGAAGAACAAAAAACAAGUGUGCUAUUUUGAAAUAUUCAACUUUUGCUGGAAAGGAAUGUGUUGAGCGUUCUGCUCAUUGGUGCCAUAUUUGUAGAGGCCGAUUUGUGUUUUGCUUUGCAGGUUAUGGAUCAAGCCAUGUGUUGCUCCACAUAGUCGGUCAAAGCCAGAAAAAAAUCGACCAAAACUUCAUCUGCGUCUAAAACAGACCCAAAUAAAGGCAGACCCGGCCGGAUAAAACCAUGCAGGCGUCUGUCGUAUGGGUCAAAGGUCAACAGGGGCAGCACCUUCAAGCUGGUGUUUUUGGUGAAACCAAGCCACAGUCUGCUGCCGUUGUUUGGGGUGAAAGAAGAGAGUCGACGACGCUCAAGCAGUGAGGGCUGCUGCUGCUGCUGCUGCUGCUGCUGCAGGACGGACGGACGGCCGGCCGGCCGCAAACAGCCACCUGGGCUCCAAUAGACGCUUGGAUGUUCUUUAUCCAACUUCCCGCCUCAUCUUCUGCAAUUUGGAUGAUGAACCCAGAGCAAAAGCUCGGGCGAGGCCUGGGCGCAGGAACAUGUGGAGUCUCACAGCUGCAUAGCAUCGUCUAGCGAUGGGCGAGGAAGGCCGAGCCGCAGCCAUGUCCUCCCACAAACGCAGCUUCCAGUGCUUCGUCCCCGCUUCCCACAAGUACGCCACCUGCAGGCUGCCCCGCAUCCCCCACCCUGACGCGGUCGCCGCUUGCUACCUGUGCUCCCAGUGGAGACACGCCCGAGCCCUGGAGGCGCUACACUCGCAAGUGUUGCCUCUGUGUCCCUACCACCGGCACGGUCGGAGCAGCGGCUCCGACGAGCUCCCGCCUCGCACCAAGAGGCUGGUCCUGAUCAAGAACAGCGAGCCGUCCCUCAGGAAGACGGUGGUGCUCAGAAGCAAAGGCCCGAGGAGCUUGGGGCUGUUCCUGGAGGAGGUCUCGGAGCUCCUGCAGUACCACGUCAAGAGGCUCUACACCCUGGAUGGGCACAAGGUGGAAAACGUUCCAAGCAUCAUGCACUGUCCCGACGUUCUGGUGUGCGUGGGACGGGAGCCUUCCCAUCCUUCCAUUCUGGAGCGAUUUGGUAAAAGCGCCGAAGACAAGCUGCCCAGGCUGAGCGCCCAAGCGCCGUUAAGCAACCACGAAGCACCGAAUCAAGCUCAAGCUUCUGAGAAGUCACUUCCAGACGGCACGGAAUCUGCAGACGACGUUCUCCCCGCCGCCGCCGCCGCCGCCACCGACGACGAUGUGGAAAAACAAGUUUGCGUCAACAAAGAUGGCAGCUUGUCCAUGAAAAUGAAAGUGCGCUUUCGGCUGGACGACCACGAAACCUUACUUUGGUCCACCGAAGUGAGAAAGUCCUCCAUCAGGGGCGGCGAGCCCCCUCAAGAAUUGGUGAGCGACAGAAGCUGCUCGGGUUCCGAGAACCUUUCCACCAGCGAGCCAGUGGAGGCCUACGUGGCCAGGCACCGGCGACGCCGCGCCCAUUGCUCUCGCCAUUCUCACCGCUACGACAUCUGGAGCAACGCGGAAGGCACGCAAGGAGACAGUUGCGGCGUUCGGACGUCCAGCUCCAGCGCGUCCUCCUACACGGUGGUCUCCAGGGAGACCGUGGCUCAAAGGUCCAGCGAAGAAAACGUGCUGGAGCGAGAAACGUGCGUGGAGGCCUCGGAAACCGUGGAGUACUGCACCGUCCGCCGGGACCGGGACACGCGAGAUACGGCCGGGAAAUCAUCGUCGGCCUCCUCUUCCGGCAAGAGGAAGAAAUCCAAAAAGUGUCACUGCGGAACUUCAACGGGUGAGAAGGAAGCAGACUCGGAGGAGACGGGCGACGCGGCGAGACGGGAGAGUGACGCAAACGUCAGUCAGAAGGCGGAACCUGAAGGCGGAGAAGAGGAGGAGCCAUCCAAAAGUGCCAUGUCAGCUCAUUCAAAUGCCUCAACCACGUCCGGACCAGAGCAGCACGCCAAAGAGGAGCAAAGUCAGAGCGCAACUGGACAGAGAACACCCACAUCGGGAAAAAGCUCCGAAGUCGACGACGCGGCCUCUUCUGAUGCCCAUGGAGACGCCGAGGAGAGAGCUUCCAGCGCCAGAUCAACGCAAUCGAAAACCUCCCAAAUGGAUGCCGCUUCAGAGGCGGCUGAAGAAAGACCAUCCAGCGCAAUCCCAUCGGUGGAAGACGACAAGGAACCCAGUGUGAUGUCGGAGCCAUUGACCGAUGUGACGUCAAACCGUCCCGAGACGAACGAGAGAGCCGCCAGCGCCAGCUCAAGUAAGUCCAAAUGCCCCGAUGAUGUUCCCGCAGAAGACGAGUCUCGCCGCUCUGAGGAUGAAGAAAGGGAGCCAACGGGAGGACGAGCGUCAAGCUCUGCCAAAUCAAUCCACUCGCUGGUUUCCGCAGAAAGAUCGCCCAGCGCGGCGUCGGCCAAAUCUGCAAAGUCGGCGCUUUCCGCCAGAUCGACGGCAUCCAAAGGUUUCCCGCACAGCGAGAGCGUAUCCAUAAGUUCCUUGUCCGUUCACUCCAGUAAAUCAGCUCCGUCCCAACGCACGUCCGAAGGUCGUCGGACAAAGUCGCCCGCUUCGGAAACAUCCAACGUGUCUGAGGUGGUCACCGAAGAAGUCCCGAGCAGAAGCCAAAGUCGACCGUCCGCCAAAUCUGGAAAGUCGGGGCGAUCCAAAAUCUCAGCUGAGGAAAACGCCGCGGAAAGACCUUCCAGCGACGUGUCGAUCACGUCCAAAGAAGUUUCCGAGGUGAUGAGUGAACACAGUAUCGAAAUCGAGAAUGAAGAAGUUUGUUGCGGCCGGUCGGUGUCUUCCAGAACCAAAGAGUCGGAACUCGAUAGAGCGGCCGAAGAAACCUCAGAACGCACCGAGGACGACGAGGAACCUGAAGAAUGGUCGGUAGAAGAUGCGUCAGAACCUCGCGUGACGGUGGGAAGAACCGCCAGCUCCUUGACCGCAAAGUCAGCCAUCUCCGUGACUUCUACCAAAUCCAAAACGUCGGCCCGCUCUCCAUCAUCCAAAGCCAGCCGAAUAAAACCCGAGAGACCGGCGAGCAAAGCUUCCGCUAAGUCCACCGUGACCAUCCUAUCGGUAGCGACGUGCGAGGUUCCCUCGGAAGAGCAUUCAGAAAACCAAACGGAAACAACUCAGAGGCCGCCGAGCGCCGUUUCGUCCAGAUCUGCCCGCUCGAUGACAUCAUCGGCCAAGUCGAAAGCCUCCAUCGCCGUGCACGAAAACAACAACCAUGAGAGUUUGGAGAGAGCGCUGAGCAGCAAGUCCGGGAGGUCCUCAGCAAAGAAGUCCCAAGACACCGAUAACACCUCUCUCGUCUCGUCCUCGUCCAGAUCGUCUCGACGACCUCAAAGUGAAGAAAGUGAAGCCAGAGCACGCAAGUCAGCCGCGUCUUCAAGGACGUCAAUUAUCUCCGACAAGAGCAGGCUCGGGGGAAUUCAGCAAACCGAAGCCGCGCUGUCGGUCAAGUCCGAUCGCUCUUCGAGAAGCAAAAAAAGGAGCAAAAGCGCGGCGUCAAAUGUCUCCGACCUGGUGGCCGUUGAGGAAUCGGAACUCCGAGCCACGUCUGACAUCCUGGGGAAAAAAAGCAACGCGUCAGCCAAAUGCCAUCAUGCUGAUGAAGAAGCAAAAGUCCUCAUCCCUCACCUUUGUGAGCCUUCAGCCAACGGAGACUCUGAGCAGGCUCCCGAAGACGCCCUCCACGCCCUGGUCCCGUCCAGCCUGCCAAACGCUUCCCCCACCCAAGUCGUCAGCGAAUGGCUGAAUAAAAUCCCGCCCGACGGCGAACAGUUCGAUAUGGAGGAGUUCUCCGGCAACGUGGCGGAAGAACCCGACCACGCGGCGCCUGAGAAGAACAUCAACGGGCCGGAUGAGGAGAGCGCCCUUUCCGACGCUCCCAAAACGGACGAGGAAACUAAAGCGUCGGAUCGGCGCGGAGAACCCGACCCCGAGCUAUUUCACGCUUCGGUGCAAGUGAUGAAAGUUCUUCUCAACCCCCAGCUGGACCGAUGCAACAGUUUGCCGGAGGUCUCGCCCGCGUACGGACGCAAACUCAGCACUUCGGCCGCGGGUCUUUUCGAUUGCCUGGCCAAGCUGGACGGCCAUCCCGAAAACGCCGACGGGAAAUCGCAGCGCUGCAAAGCGCUGCUGGAGAUUCUGGGCUCUCUGUGGCUUUGCGACCCGCCGCCCAACGAGCCCGACCGGCACUCCGACAAGGACUUUCAUCAGGGCUCGUCGUCCGGCAUCGACGUCAACAGCGGCUCCACGGGUUCCGGGAAGAGCAGCGACGGCAGGAAAGUCCACCCAGAAGAAGAACAAACGGCCAGCCCCGAAGAGGAGCCGGAGCCGGAGACGAUUCCGGGUCACGACGCGCCGAGAGAAGCGUGCGACAGCCCGAGCGAGAGCUCCUCCGAACCGGACCAGACGUCUCGGAGUCAGCUCCGGUCCGGCAAAGAGCCACCUCACGAGCCCGAUCCCGCGUGGGUCCUGGGUUUACUCACCAAAAUCGAAAAGCAGUUUUUGACUCAUUACGUCGACGCCACCAGCGAGUUCAAAGAGCGCUGGAAAGUUCACGGCGACGACCGGCAGCUGGACGCGAUGAUGGGCGAGCUCAAGGACGAGAUCCGCCGGCGCAUCCAAAGCAGCAUUAGCGAGGAAUUGGACACGAUGAAAGGUGGGGCGGCUCUGCCCAGACCUCCCCAAGAACCAAAGUCCAGACCUUCCACCAACGAGAGGAGACGAAGGCUGAGGAUGAAAAGCAAACGCUCGCAGAGAAGCGACGAUUCGGCCGCCAGCGGCAGCGUCAUCAGUGACCAGCGCGGUGAAGACGACGACGACGACGACUGCCCGUGCCAAUCGUGCGGCAAGAAGAACCAUUGUCUGGCCAACAGUGAAACCAAAGCAGCAGCAGCAGCAGCAGCAGCGACACUGGUCGGACAGAUCCUCCAGGAUGCUCUUCAAGAAGCAGCGGAAGACAAAGAAAGUGACGAGCGUGAGCUUUCGCUCGGAGGCGCUGAAAGCCACCUGGAUGAAGAGGAAACAAAGGAACCCGCCGCCGAAGAACCAGAAGAAGAUCAGAGCGACGGCGCUUCCACCGUUAAGGACUCAAAUCCCGAUGAUGAGGUCACUGGUGACAAUGGAGAGGAAGCUGCUGCAGAAGACGAAGGGGCGGCCGCGGCUGAACUCGCAAGUCAGCAGGAGUCUGAGGAAGAUGAAGAAGGAGGAGUUGAUGGUGAGGAGGAAGCUCCUGCAGAAGAUGAAGGUGCAGCAGAAUCCGCAAGUCAGCAGGAGUCUGAGGAAGAUGAAGAAGGAGAAGUUGAUGGUGAGGAGGAGGCUCCUGCAGAAGAUGAAGGUGCGGCACAAGAGGCCGCCGCAGCAGAAGCCGCGAGUCAGCAGGAGACCGAGGAAGAUGAAGAAGGAGGAGUUGAUGGUGAAGACGAAGCUCCUGCAGAAGAUGAAGGUGCGGCACAAGAGGCCGCCGCGGCAGAACUUGCAAGUCAGCAGGAGUCCGAGGAAGAAGGAGAAGUUGAUGGUGAGGAGGAAGCUUCUGCUGCAGAAGAUGAAGGUGCGGCACAAGAGGCCGCCGCGGCAGAACUCGCAAGUCAGCAGGAGUCCGAGGAAGAAGGAGAAGUUGAUGAUGAUGAGGAGGAAGCUGCUGCAGAUGAAGGUGCGGCACAAGAGGCCGCCGCGGCAGAACUCACAAGUCAGCUAGAGUCCGAGGAAGAUGAAGAAGGAGCAGUUGAUGGUGAGGAGGCUCCUACAGAAGAUGAAGGUGCAGCACAAGAGGCCGCCACGGCAGAACUCGCAAGUCAGCAGGAGUCCGAGGAAGAAGGAGGAGUUGAUGGCGAGGAGGAAGCUCCUGCUGCAGGUAGCCAUGAGAACGAAGAGUCCGCUAACAAUAUGGAGGAGGAGGAGGAGGAGGAGGAGGAGCAAGUCCCGGUCGAGGACGAAGACGACGAUGACGAUGCAGCCACCGUGAAGAACUCAAACGAGGAACCAAACACAGAUGAUGAGCUUGCUAGCGAAGAAGAUGAGCUUGUGGUCGCCGCAAGUGAAUGUGAAGAGGGGGAGGAGGAGCCAGGAGAAGACCAGGAGGGAGCAGAUGAAAAGAAUGAUGCUGGAAAUGAGAUGAUGGCGAGUGAGGAGGUUCCUGAAAGCUCCCAAGAUGAAGAGGCCACACAAGAAGCUGCUGACAGGGCCACGAGUGAACACCAAGAUGAGAGUCAAGAGGAGACUCCUGCCACGAGCGGCGCCGAGAAUGAAAAUGAGGAUGCCGCAGGAGAAGAGCUCACCAGUGACGAGGUUUCCCAAACCAUCGAGGAUGAAGGUGCAGCCUCCGAGGAAGGUGAAGAAGACGAGACUCCUCCCGCACGUGCAGAUGAGAAGGAGCUUGGAGCUGAUAGCGAUGAGGAAGCUGCAGAAGAUGAAAACGGCGAUGACGCCACAGCAGUUGAAGAUGCGAGCGGACCCGAAGAGGAAGAGGAAGGAGAUGCCCAAACAAGUGGAGAUGAAAAUGAGGAUGCAGUUGAUGAAGAUCAGGACGCUGCAAAAGAUGCCGUGACGACCGAUGAAGAUGCUGAAGAAUCAGAGGAGGACAAAGAUCUGAAAGAAGAGGAGACGCCUGCCACCAGCGGAGAUGAACGUGAUGGCGGCUUGGCAGACACGUUCCAUGACCAAACAAAUGUGCCAACUGAAGAAGAAGAGGAAGAAGACAAAAGGAUGGCGGAGAACGAGGCUGAAGGAACAGAGGAGACCACAGGAGUUGAAGAAGACAAGUCAGCAGAGGAAGAUCCUGCGCUAACAACUGACAAUGGAGAAGAUGCGGAGGAAGAGCCGCACGACAACGCCACAUCCGAUGAAGCCACUUGUGAAGAUGUCACCAGCGAACAGCAAGAAGACGGAGGUGGCGAAGAAGGUGAGGAUGCCGACGAAGCAGAAGAAGAAGGCGCCAAGCAGGAGAACGCCUUGUCUGAAAAUGAAUCGGAGAACAUCGCUGAAGACCAAGAUAAAGAUUCCACAGAGGCUGCUGGAGAAGAAGACGUGGAUGGCAGCGACGGGGCAGGAAGUGUGUCCCGGGAUGAUGAAGCCUUCAAAGAUCAUCAGAGUGAGGAGGAGUCUGAAGUGACAAACACUGAAGAGCCAGAUGACCUGAGUGGAGCAGAAAGCCAGCGACACCACCAAACGGGAGAAGAGCAUCAAGAUGAGGAUGAAAAAAAGGAAGGACCCGAGGUGGACGCUGACGAAGAUCUGGAAGAUGGGAUAGACCAGGGAGCAGAAAAUGAAGACGAAGACGACGAGGGAACAUCAGAAGAAGAGAACCAAGAACACGAGGCAACCGACCGCGAUGAUCCGGACGAGUCGGUCCAGCCUGGAACUGCAAAGGAAGACCGACCAAAGGGAGAUGACCACGGUGAGGAUGAGGAAACAAGCAGACAAACCUUGGAGGCGUCUGAAAACGAAGAACGAGGAGCCGAGUCCGCCGACGGCGAGGACGAGACGGAGGACGAGGCGGAAGACGAGGCGGAGUCCGACGACAGCGAGGAGCGUGAGGAGAAAAGCCAGGAGCGGGACAUCAGCCCAGGCCAGGCGGCCCGUCAAGAACCCGACAAAGAACCCACAACACUGAGGGUAAAUACGAGUUUGAAUCACGUCGCCGGCGGGUCUGAAGACGCAGACGCCGAAGAUUCCGACGCGUAACUUGAUCUCCUAUCGCGGCCGACCGAGACCUCUUUUCUUUUUUUCUGCUUUGUGAAACACGCCGACCCCCUUUUAAAAUACUCCAGAAGAUAAAACCGUAGAUUUUCUAGUUAACUUCAAAAGGUUAACGCGAAGAUCGCAAUUAGCCGACGUUAGUGGAGCAGAAGAACGUGGCGCCGGACGGACGGCCGGACAAACGUCAAGCGGCAGCUGCAUGGAACUCAAAUGUCUGUCAAAUAAAAUGCACUUUAACACUC